AUGUCACUUGCUCUUACAGAUGAGGAUAAGUAUGUGUAUUUGUUUGCAGUCUUGCUGACAGGAAUUAGUAACCGAUUAUGCAAAUUAACGCUGCCUGGGGGUAAACGCCUCAAAGACCGUACAGAGGAAAUCCUUCCUCCCGCUAGGCUCAGGCCUCGAGUGAGUGAGGGGAGUAGCGGUGGGCCAGAUCUCCACACAGGCCUCGCCCCCGGCACAUUUUGCCUAAAACUCCGGAAGCACCUGCGGGAUGGACGAGAAAACCGGCCGCAUCACCCGCAGGCGCUCUGGGCGGUCAGCCGCUCCAGCAUUGCCUCGGGUACCAGGCGCCGCAGGGUAAUCAGCCCAGUAGCCCUGCAGCAUCUCGCGAGAUCUCGCCUUCUGAGCCCCGUACUGCGAGCUCAGAACUUAAAAAAAAAAAAAAAGGCGAGCGGGCGACAGGCUCCGGAGCCGCCUCCUUGGUGGCAGCUGGCCCCUGAGCAUCAGCGAUCGGCGUGCGCCAAGGCAGGGCCCGCGCGCCCCUUCUCCAGCCGGCUCGGGCUGGGCGCCGUCCGCAGCUGGUCCGCCGUGGCCUGGGUGCCGGCCCACUGA